AUUACUAGGGAGUUAUAUUUAUUUAUACCACAUUCACGAGUUAUAUACUAACGACCACCGUCAAAAAAAAAAACAAUCUCAUCCAUAUCAAGAAAAGAAAACAAAAAAAUGAAACGUUCAAGAAAAUUCUCAUCGUCGACAACAACAACCACCGUUAUUCACACUUUCUAUAAUGACCAUACUACCCCUCCGGCAACCAAAGAAAUCCCGAUUGAAACUCCAUUACCGGCGACGAAAGCCAACGUCAAAACAAACGCCACCGCCGCAGCAGCGAGGAUUCAGUCUGGCUACCGUUCUUAUAGGAUCCGAAACCUAUACAAGAAAAUCUCAUCCAUCAAUCGGGAAGCGAACCGUGUACAGAGCAUAAUCCAACGGCAAGAAACAGUAGACGCCAUUAGAAGCGAUGAGAAGGAACGUCUGAGAAUGAACGAGACUCUGAUGGCUCUGCUUCUGAAACUAGACUCCGUCCCUGGUUUAGAUCCGACGAUCAGAGAAGCUCGGAGGAAAGUGAGCCGUAAGAUCGUAGGGAUGCAGGAAAUACUCGAUUCAAUCUCGGAGACUAAAGACGAAAUUCAAUGGUGGAAUUACAACGAUCUCGGCGGAGUAGACUCCGGACAAGGCGGUGGCGCGUGGCCUUUGUAUUGGGAAGAAGCGGUGGAGGAAGAGAUGUGUAGAGAGAGAGGCGGUGAGGAGAUGGAGAGAUUCUGUGCUCAGUAUUUGGGUUUCAGAUGUUUCCAGAGAUUUCUCAGAGAAUGACGGCGGUUUAAUCCGGUGUGUCGCGGUGUACCGUGUACGAUAGGUCAUCGUUUGCUAUUGUUUUUAGUCCGUUUAUGUUCCAUUAAAUAACGAAAAUUUCCACGGUUAAUAACGAACGAAUUAUCUUUUUUUUUGUAUGUUAUACGAAUCUUAAACAAUAAAUUAGUCUCCAAAGUCUAAAACUCAAAUUUGGGUCCAUGGUAAUGUCAAAAUAUGGUUUAAAGUGAAAUAACUUGUUACUAAAAAUUA